AUGGUCAAGCUUACCGAGGUUGAAGACGAGCACUUUACUGAUAAGCCCGUCCCCAGCAAGCACGAUGCUCUGCUCGUCUCCGAUGACGAAGAUUACAGCGACACCGAUUCAGAGAUUUCGGAAGAUGAAGAAAUCGAACUCGAGGAAGAGACUUUCUUCGAGCGUGUCUCGGCCUUGAAAGACAUGAUCCCUCCCUCCGCGCGUCGCACCGUGAACAACACCAUCUCUUCUGUCACAUCUUUCGGCAAGGCCAGCCUCUCAUUCAGUGGCAAGGCCUUGUGGAUCAUUAGCACCAGUGCUUUCCUACUCGGUGUCCCAUUCGCCCUUGCUUACGCCGAGGAAGAGCAGUACAUCCAGAUGGAGCGCGAACAGGGCAUGAUCAAGGGCGCCAAUGAAAUGCUCACACCAGGCCUCGAGUCCGAGAAGAAGGAGGCUCAACUUGCUCUGUAA